GAGUACAUCAAAGGCGCCAACAUGGGCUGGAACUGCGCUGGCUGCUGGAUACGGCACUUCGAGGACAACGGCUUCCCUACGCCUGCCGGAGCGAAGCCCACCGACAAAAUCAGGGAAUAUGAGCAGCAGUUAUCAGGGACCUGCAACGACAGAGCGAGCGUCCUCCCUUCCCUGGGACUCCUUCCGCUCGGCUACGGCUGCAGCCCCCUGGCGGACACGAGGCAGUUAGACGACCUCCUCAUGGAACCGACGGGCAUGAAGAUCCCCGAGCGUGCCAAUACCACCAUUCCGGUGGGAGCCGCGGACGAAGCGGCGCGGGCCGCAGGGAUAGCCGCGAGUUCGGCCAAGGCUGCCGAGGACCUCCGCGCCCGCAGG